UUCAUUAUUUGCCUGACGGUAUUAAUUCUCCUCUCCGAUCUCCAACCUUUUUUUCGACAAAAAUCCACAACCACAGUUUUGUUGGAUGGGUAUUGCAGUUGAAUCUUUCUUUGAUUGGAAACUCUCUAGAGAUGAUUUAAUAACGGUAUUUGUUGAUUGAUUUAUCUUGCUUUCAAUGAUUGUUAUACGGUACCUCCUAGCCAAAUUCGGAAUAUUUUCUCAUGGGAUUGAUCCUAAGAUGGCCGAUAAGAACCCAAAAUCCCUUGGCUUUACCUGUCGGAAACCCGUCUUGUUCUUGUUCACAAUUGCCCCGCUCCUAUUCCUCGUCUCCUGGUUCUUCCUUCUGGCUUCCACCGAUCGCCCCCAUUUCAUGCAGCGCAAGAACACCAUUCCUAUAGGUCAAAAUUAUGAUGGCUCUUCAAACCAAGAAAUUAAUUCCUCCCAGCCUCAAGAAGAAAAAGAGCAACAAGAUCUUCAGCUUCGGAAAUGUGAUCCUAGCAGAGCAAUGUUGAAGGUUUUCAUGUAUGAUUUACCUCCUGAAUUCCACUUUGGGCUAUUGGAUUGGAAGCCUGAGGGCGACAGUGUCUGGCCUGAUAUUGCCACCAGCAUUCCUGAAUAUCCUGGUGGGCUGAAUCUGCAGCACAGCAUAGAGUACUGGCUGACAUUGGAUCUUCUGUCUUCAAGAUUCGCCGACAGGCUUAGCCCUUGUACUGCUGUGAGAGUUUUGGAUUCUCGCGACGCCGAUGUUGUGUUCGUGCCAUUCUUCUCAUCUUUGAGUUUCAAUCGCCAUUCUAAGAUUGUUCCCCCGGCGAAAGUUAGUAGGGACAAGUUGUUGCAGGACAGGUUGGUGAAGUUCUUGACAGCUCAGGAUGAAUGGAAGAGGUCCGGGGGGAGAGACCACAUAAUUCUGGCUCACCAUCCUAAUAGCUUGCUAGAUGUUAGGAUGAAAUUGUGGCCGUGCAUGUUCAUCCUGUCGGAUUUUGGAAGGUAUCCUCCAAAUGUAGCUAAUGUUGAAAAAGAUAUUAUUGCUCCUUACAGACAUGUGAUCAACAGUUUUGUGAAUGACUCAUCUGGCUUUGAUGACCGUCCAACUUUGCUGUUUUUCCGGGGAGCCAUCUACAGAAAAGAUGGCGGCUUCAUUCGACAAGAGUUAUUUUAUCUCCUUAGAGAUGAGAAGGAUGUGCAUUUCGCAUUUGGGAGUAUAAAGGGUGAUGGGAUCAAUGAAGCUAGCCAAGGAAUGCAUUCAUCCAAAUACUGCCUCAACAUUGCAGGCGACACUCCAUCUUCAAAUCGCUUAUUUGAUGCCAUAGCCAGCCACUGUGUUCCUGUCAUCAUUAGUGACGAGAUUGAACUUCCAUUUGAAGACAUCAUUGACUAUUCCGAAUUCUGUGUAUUUGCAAGGGGUUCUGAUGCAGUCAAAAAGGGCUUCCUGUUGAAACUGAUCAGAAGCAUAAGCCGGCAGGAAUGGACCCGAAUGUGGAAAAAACUGAAGGAAGUGGAGGGCUACUUUGAAUUUCAGUUCCCAUCUCAGAAAGAUGAUGCUGUCCAAAUGAUUUGGCAGGCAGUGACCAGAAAGGUACCUGCAAUGCGAUUGAAGAUGCACAGAUUGGGACGAUUCUCUCGGCUUAACAUUGGGAAAUCAGAGUGACAUUCUGAAGCAUCUUAUACUGAGAAAUGGUCGACUGUAAUUGGAGUUUCGACUUGUUGCUCAACGCUGACAGAAUACUUUGAGAAUGGAUGAUCUCUGGUCCAUCUUACAUUAGAAGACCAGCAUUCAAAUACCUUUUAUUCUUGAUUCUUGCCUCUAGGUUGCUAUUGAGACCAACAGUACAAAGUCCAUCAACUGUGGCAGUGAUUAUUGUAAUUGACAUUGUUUUUGUUCCCCAACUCAACAUGUCUUUGAAUUGUUGUUCACUUUUUUGUAAGUUGCGGCCCAUAGAUAGUGUGCCUCGUAUGGCAUCAGCCUGUUGGCUUUUACUUCAAACGAGAGAAAAGCGAGCAAGUGCUUAUUAUUUU